AUGAUGGCGAAUGUCAAUAUGCCUGACGAAGAUCCGGCUGAUAUUGGGGUCCCUAUCCCGCAUCCCUCGCAAUUAGAUGUAUCCGGACACCAAUCUACGACGUCUGAGCCGAAAGAUUCAAAUAUCCUCAUGUCAAAUACACAUGAUCAUAAUCGUGAUAAUGUGAAUGUGGGUGAUGCGAGCCUAGUCGAGCCUAGCGACAAGACCGAAGCCAAUUCCCCCAAUCCAAAUACCCUGACGUCAAGUCCAGCAAGUGCUGAACCGACAGACUUAGAUCAAUCUGAUCCAGAUCAUGAUGCCCCUAAAGUCAUUCGCGAUGCAAAUCAGUCGAUGGUAGCUUUACUUGCAGGCAUUAGUGCGAGCCUGGAGGAUAUCAGAGCCAUUUCGACGAAGUUCAUGAGUAUAGUGGAUAGCGAGGAAUUAAAGGAUGCUCGCCGGCAGAACACUCGCCACACUGCUGCUGUGGAGGAUCGCAGUGCUUCUAGGAGUAUACGGUCAGCAACUAGUCACACUACAUCAUCCACAAACUCUUCUGAUCAGAGUGAAGAUGCUGUGCGAAAUGGACGAGAGAGACGACAAGGCAGAAGAACCACGAGAUCAAGCAGUCGAGGUGAAAUUGUAAUUGUUGAGGAAACGCCUGUCUUGAGGUCACAAAGAUCUAGAGCGCCCAGACAGUCACUUGCUCGACCCCCAUCGAUAGUAAUCGAAAGACGAUCACAGGCCCGAAGGGUCACGAACAAGUUUCAAAAUCUCACAACCUUAAAAUAUACAGACUCUCAAGUUGCGAUAGUGGAAGUUAUUGACGAAUUUGAGGACGAUGCUGACAGUGAGACAGCGAAUGACGUUGAUAAAGAGAAAUUGCUAGAUACGUGCUCUGAGUGGUUGAAAGAAAAACGUCUAAUCUUCUCGCGUGAUGAGCGGUGCAGCUUCGGGUUUGAUACAGUUGCUCUUCUUACGCCUCGUGACCUCCAGUACACUCAGCUUCGGAUCGAAGAAAUAGAGGAGUUUGCUCGUAAUUUACGAAAGACAGGAGGUUUCUUUUUCUUCCGGGAAGCUUCCUUUGGGCGAGGCAAUAAGAUAUAUAACGGCACGCAUGUCUUCAGAUGCGAGGAUGGUUUGAGAGAGGCACUCCCUAGGCUUUCAGCAAAGCACAAGAAUUUUUGCGAGGACUUCCCGGUGGUAAGACCACCAUGGCGAGAAGAUGAUGAGGUCCAGUCACUGAAUAACAUGGUGAAUAAGAGGGAGGAGGCGACAAGAUUACAGGAAAUUUCCACAAAGCUGGUAUACAACCAUAGUCAUUUGGAUCCCUCCGUUCUGUACCACUUCAAGGGAUCACCUAUUUCUUUCGAGAGAGAGAAAGAAUCUGGAACUGUUGUCACGGAAGACCACCUUGGAAACAGGAGCUAUGGCUCAGAGAUUUGGCAAAGGUUUGAAGAUCCCCAUGUCACAGGGCCCUGGCGGAGACUUUGCGUACUUACCGGUGUCUCGAAUAUUUCAAACCUUGAAAGAGAUAAUAUAUACGAUAAGAUACCUCUAUUUCGAAAAGAUCAUAAAAUAGAUAGGGGUAAGGUAUUAUACGGCAAAGAUGAGAUUUCAAGUAGUGAGACCGAUGAUUGCACGAGUAGCGAGGCAAGCGAUGACGGUAUCGAUAUGACAUACAAUGACCCAGAAGAUGAAGGGAGUGAAGACGGAGAUGUUGUAUUCUUGGAAGAAAGUAUAGUACAACAUCUCAACUGUGAGCAACUAUCAAUGCGAAAAUACGACCGUAAACGCAUCGUCAAGUUCCAAUUCUCCUGGUACGAGCUCAUUCCCCAUGAUAUUUCUGAAGAAUUUCGUUAUCUUCAAAGAUAUUCUGGCAGGCUAUAUAGAGACAAUAAGAAGCGAUCGAUACAAUUGCAAUCCUUCAUGGCAAUUGCUUUCUGGCAACAGAUUCAUGAAGACAUGUCCAGAGAUUGCCAAUAUUGGACUCUCAUCAUCCUCGCGCCUGCCUUCUUCUAUCACAGUGAAGGGACUAGUAAUUCAGAUAAACAUACGAGACAUUUGAUAGCUCCUCUGAAAGACGUGCUGCCAACCAUAUCUUCCAUGCUACAGAUGAUCAUUUCGCGGAUCUUGAUGCAUUGGGCGAAGGUAAGCGGAUACAUCGAAAAGCUCAUUGCUGGCCAAGACACAUUUCUGGACGAAGAGCGGCAUGAUAGCCUUCUUUUCGACGAUGAUAACUUCACACGAUCACGCCAGUAUUUCUGGGUCAUCAACAGCAUUGAGGGAUUCGUUUUAAUCAUUGAUGAAACGAUCAACCACUAUGAAAAUGUCAGGAAAUGGGUCUGUCCGAAAAACAGGGCGGAGUGGAGAAAGCACGAAAUAGGUCUUGAUAAACUCAAGUUAAUGAAGCAGAGAUUUGAAAAUCAGAGAAAUAAAGCUACCAUGCUUCGAGACGGACUUUUCAGUGCCAGUUCUGUGUUUGAGAGUCGUCUAUCUACCAAACUCGCGCAAAAUGUGAGAUUGCUUACCUAUGUGAGCAUCUUCUACCUCCCACUCGCUUUCUGUGCGGCCCUUUGGGCCAUUCCAAACAUCACACAGCCCUCAACCCGAACCCCGUUCAUUAUCGCAGCCGUAUUGGUUGGCUUUUUCACAUAUUUUGUCGUCUUCAAUCUCGACGGACUAAUCUCAUUGGGUUGGACCGCGUAUUCUGGGUUCCGUGGCAACCGCAUAGAACAGAUGUCGACAGAUGAGGGGUGGCAGAAACGCGCUCAAAGCUACAGGAGCUUUCAGCCUGACAAAGGUAAAACUAAAGAUUCGGAAUGGUAUAUCUUGCUCUAUGCCCUUCUCCAUCCGUUUAGAAGGUCUCGGGGUCUUGAGGACAGUGCACAAGAUGACGAGGAAUAUUCGUCUUCCGAGGAUACAUCCAUAUCUACCCGAGCCUCCAGAACAAGUGAUGCGGAGAAAGCGCCAACAAAGCCUUGGAAACUAUGGCCGCAAAAAUUGCUAAAGAAGAUGCAGAGGGAUGAAGAGGGAUAA